AUGAAGGUCGACGAGAAAGGCACCGACCGCCGAGCCGAGCUGCAUAUACAUAAGCACGAACAGGUCGAGGAGCUUGCGGAGUAUGGUCAAUACAUCGACCCGGAUGAUGCAGCGGUCUGCUGCUACGUGCCGAUUGAGGAUGGAAAUAUUGUCAGGGUUGCCGGAAGGUUCAACGGCACGACCUUGGCUAUUCACUGGGACCUGCGCGUCGACGGAGUGCUACGCAAGGCCAACAACAUGAUCAGCAAGGUGGUGAAAGCGCAGAAAGGUGUCAAGCUUGACGUCGAGGAGGCGCUGUACCUGAUGGACGACGGCCUUAGUGAAGCAAAGCUCCUCGAGACCCAAAUGAAGAUUGUGCCUGUUUCCGGCUUCAACUUCACGAAGAAUAGGGAUAGCCUCGAGACGGUCGGAACCAUCGAGAUACGCCUUUACGUGCUCCGGACCUUUGGCGCUGAAUUUCCUCGGGACACGUUUAUGACUUACCUGGACGACGAGGAUGAAGAGGAGAAGGACGACAUGGACCGGAAGAAGGCGACGUACCUGACAAUUGCCCCGGAUUAUAUGGUCGAUUUUGAGAAAAACUGCCAAGAGCUCGACAAGAAGACCGCAAAUGCUUGGAAGAAAAAGUUGAACACGAAGCGUCCAAGCAAGAACCCUUGGGCUAUCUUCCGCUUCCACUACCGUUCGAAAGAGGCCAUCAACGCUCAAGGCAUGAAGCUCACGCACAACCCCAAGACGAAAGGCAAGGGAACGAAGACUCACACCCUUGAACUCGACCCCGUCCCGACUCUCGCCAUUGGAGCCAAGCCUGCGAAACCGAACGAUGGUGGCUCUACGCGUGAUGAUUCCCCAACACCUAGCCGCCCUGGUACUCCUCUCAAGCUGGAUAGUCCUCUUCCGCGCCAGUUCACCCCACGCCGUUAUACCUCGCCACCCAGACCUUUUGCGCAGAGGUCCACCGCUGUUGAAGAUGCGUCCUCAGAGGCCGCCACUGCCGAAGAGCAGCCCCCCGGUGUCGAGCAGUCUAUUGAGAAGAUAACGAACGUCGAAGACCUCAAAGAUAAGAAAGAAGAGAUUACGAACAUCGAGGCACCUAUUGAGAAGGCGAUGAACACCGGUGAGAGGGAUAGUGGGAACGAGGUCCGUCCCACCCGCCCCAACGCUCUACAUGCCCGCACCAACUGCACCAAUGCUUCCAACCUCCGCCCUCACCCUCAAAACCACGCUCCCACCACAACCGCAACCCUCAAACGUCCCGCUUCUCUCCCGCUUCCCGCGGGCCCCGACCACAAGCGCACCAAAACCCUCACCAUCGCCGAAACCCGCCGGCAGAUCAAAGCCAUGAAAGCGCGGCGCGAGACGGUCGCAAAGAAGCGGGCCGACCUCGACUCGGAGCUCGAACCGUACACGGCCAAGAUGCGCGAGGAGCAGGAGCGGCUGGCGAAGGAGCUCGAGGAGGAGACGAAGAUGUGGCGCGAGGAGAGUCAGGCGUUGAGGGAUGAUGCGGCGAUGUUGGCGGAGAUGAAGAGGGUACAGGGUGGGGAGUACGAAAUGCGAGGGGAUGGGGGAGCCUGA